AGUCGCGCCACUCAAUCGUCAUGCAACGGGUUUCGUGUUGAUUGUAAUUUAUUUAUUUCAUUAAAAUCAAGACAGCUUCGCUUGUGUUUUGGGACCGAUAAAUGGAAGAACAAAGUUCAUCGACUUUGGAAGCCGAAGCACUGUCGAGGGAUGUGGAACAGCGGGACAGUCAAAAUGGCCACCCCAAAGUCCUCGUCCGCAUGGAGACAAUUCCGGAUAUCAAAAGGGAUACAUCCGGAAUCACCACGCAAUAUGUGGGCACCGGUAUAGUGAACCUUGGUGCUUUUGCCGCUGGAGUCUGUGUAGCGUGGUCAUCAUCAGCGUUGCCAUUAUUAAUCACUGAAUACGGAAAGGAUUAUACUACACCGAUACCGGACUGGGCAGAGCAGAAUUCGACUUAUGAUGAAAACUUUAAAACUCGUCUGGAGUUGUCAGAUACCCAAGGAUCCUGGGUGGCGUCACUCUUGUGUUUGGGAGCGGUGUUUGGCGCUGUACCCUCUGGCCUGAUUUCCGAAUACUUCGGUAGGAAAAAGACAUUACUGUACUUGGCUUUACCACUGCUCGUCUCUUGGAUUCUAGUCGCUUCGAGCCCAAACGUCUAUGGUUUAUAUGUCGGAAGAUUUGUGGGAGGAAUAGCUGUGGGCGCAUUCAGUGUUAGCAUACCGCCUUACGUCGAAGACAUAGCCGAAAAACAUCUGCUCAAGACCUUAGCCAAUUUCUAUCACGUCGAUUUUAAUUGUGGCGUUUUGUUUGGGUACUUUAUAGGUAUAGUUGGAAACGUGUCUUGGCUUUCGGUUCUUUGCUCUUUAAUACCCAUCGCAUUCUUCAUUGCGUUUAUAUUCUUACCAGAAUCUCCAACUUAUCUGAUGUCUCAGGGUAAAUAUAGUGAAGCCAAAGCAGCUCUGAGGUACUACCGAGGGAUCGAUAAUGACAUAGACGGAGAAAUCAGAACAUUGAGAGAUUACUUGAUGAACGCUGGCAAAAACAGGGUUUCAUUCAAAGAGCUCUUCACUACGAGAGGCAUGUUGAAACCUCUCUUGGUCUCUUUCUGUCUAAUGAUUUUUCAGCAAAUGAGCGGGAUUUAUGCUGUUCUUUUCUAUGCGAGAAAAAUAUUCAAGAAUCUAUCUGUCUCACUGAAUCCGCCGAAUGCUGCAAUCAUUCUAGGUUUCGGUCUGGUUUCUUCAACGUACUUCUCGACAAUGCUGCUGAAGGUAGUCAGACGCAGAGUGUUGUUGAUGACGUCAUUUAUAAUGAUGGCCUUAAACUUGGGCGGGUUGGCUAUUUAUUAUCAUUUGCAAGCUACGAAUUUUUCAUCCAAUAAUACGGGGGUGCCAUUGUUCACUUUGUGUUUCUUCGUGAUAUUUUACGCCGCUGGAGCCGGUUCUAUACCUUGGCUGAUGCUUCGGGAGAUAUUUCCUCCACAUGCAAUCCGAAGGGCGACUGCCAUAACAGCUGGUGUCCAUUGGUUCCUGGCUUUCACUGUCACAAAAUUAUACCAGAAUUUAGAAGAUUUAGUGAAGCCCGGCUGGGCGUUUUGGCAUUUUGCCGUUUCCUGCGUAGUUGGUACAGUGUUCGUUUACUUCUUUGUACCAGAAACUAAGGGUAGAAGCUUAGAAGACAUACAAAACGAAUUUGAAGGGAUCCAUAAGAAGAAAAGACACCGCCAUGUGAUUGAAGUCGAAAGUUUAUCAGAGGUUUAAGUUAAGACUGUUCGGGAUUUUAAUCAAAACUCAGAAACAGUCGGGAACUUUUACUAAAUACUAAAAUAUUAUUUCAGGGCUUUGAUUAAAAUGAUCUUAAAUUAUUAUUUUACUAUUGUUUUUAUUUUGUAACUAGACGUAAGGCUGGUGAGGCUAGGGAUAAGUAUCAUGUUU